GCGAUGUUCAAAAUUAGCCUCAAUUCGCUAAUGCAAGCUAAACUUCUGCGUCAACGGCGUCUGUUGGUAUUUUUACAAUUUUAUUCAAGAGUAAUCUAUUUUAACACGAUAUUUUGCAAGAAGUUAUUGUUCUAACAAAAGUUACAAACCAUGGCACCUCGUAAACGUAAAAUAAAAGUCGUUGCGGCGCCAGUUUCCCCAGAAAAGGCGAAAUACAGCAUCAUCGUUAUACAAACAAUUUUGAAGGGCCAGGAAAGUGAAACAUCUCACGUAAAAUUGCUCAAGGAGUUGAAAAACAUUUAUCCUACGGUAACGCACGAAUCGUUCAUGAAAUCCUUUAUCCAAUCGCUAAAAGGAGCAAUGCAACAUGAAGAAUUAAACGACUACGCUAACAAUCGGCUGAAGCUUUGUGCAAAGUUCAUUGCCCAUCCGGACUACAGCGAACAGGAAGAAACGCACCCAAUAAUACUGCAUUCGUUUGACUGGCUACUGAAGACCAUCAGCCCAGUGUCAACCAUUCGUUUCCGCAUCUGUCAGUUCGUGAAUCUGGUGCUAAAUGCUAUGGGUCCGGAGGCUUCCCUGGAUGAUGAUAUUUGCGAUAAAAUCCUGCGCUAUAUGUUGGAGCGAAUGCGAGACGUUGCGCCUAUCGUGCGGGUACAAGCCGUGCUGGCCUUGCAGCGGCUGCAGAAUCCGGACAAUCCAGAUGAUUGCGUUUUUCGCACGUACAUUUUCCACCUUGAAACUGACCCAUCGCCCAAGGUAAGGCAAUCGAUUAUUACCUCCCUAGGACGCAACUAUCGAACCAUACCGUACAUUCUGGAACGGUUGUGGGACGUCGAGGAACAUGUCCGUCGGCAUACGUACCUGCAGAUGAGCAGCUAUCCGGUGAAGCAGUACAAGGUGGCCCAACGGUUAACCUUUCUCGAGCAGGGUCUCAAAGAUCACUCGGAAGCCGUCCGGAAGGUGGUGAAGAACGUACUGAUUCCGCAGUGGUUCGAAUCGUACCAGAAGAACUACGUGUUGUUCGUGAAGGCACUGAAAAUCGACGCCGAUGAAAUGGAGCUGGAGAGAUUCAGCAAUACGGCGAAGCUGGCGCUUUUUGAGAUUUUUUCGAAAUAUGGAAUUGCGGACGCUACUACCAUGCUGGGUCUCAAUGAGGAGGAUAAAACCGUCCCGUUGGAGAAUUUAACCAUUGAAACUGUGAUCUGCUGGCAGGCUUUGCUUGAUUUUCUCCAGAAAACUGAGUCGGAUGAACUGGAAAGUUUGAUGGUGGAUUUGUCCGUAUUCUGCCAAUAUAUUAAGGUUUUUACGGACAACCCAUCAGUUUGUAACUACAUUCGCAUUCUGGCGGAUGAUUCAUCUAUGAUACGACUUCAGAAGAUGUACUUUCAGUCGAUGCUGCAGAUCCUGCUGGAAAUAAUUGACUCCUAUGAUUUCGGGGACGAGUUUGGCCGGGAAACGUUGAAGAAAAUUCUAGCCGAUGUGCUGUGCAAUUGUGAUUUGGCGGAGAAGAACGUCAAAACGAUUCUGGCGAUUUUCGAACGCUUGAUCAGCGAUGUUGAAACGCGGUUUAAGUUUUUCGUUGAUGUGGUCAAUAGUAUUUUGGAACCAUCGCGAACCGAUGUUUCGAACUCGUCCCGCUCGACGGUCGACGAAUAUCUGGAGAAAAAUCCCGACAAAAGUUUGCAAAUUAAAAUUUCUCGGCUGCGUUUAACCAUAAUGGAACUGAAGGAACAAGAAACAAUUAAGGUCAACGCCAAGGACUACGCGGGUGCGCAGCGCGUUUCGGAUGAAUUGAACAAAGCGAAUGAAGAAUAUGCUGCUUUACUUAAGCCUAUUUUACUGGAGGUUUCUUCUUUAUCGGAUGGCAGUUCAAUGUUCCGUGAAUCGCUAAAACCGAAGAAGAUUACCAAUGCGACCGUUAAUAAAUGUCUGCAAAUUUCGUUCUAUUUGGUCAACAGCAGCACCGUGCGCUCGUUGACUCCAAUUGUGUGCGAUCUUUACAAAAGCUUCAUCAGUCGAUAUUUGGAAUCGGCUGAAAUCGUUACUCGCGAUUGGGCAUUGCGAUGUGCGGUCGCGUUCAGUAUGCUAUACGAUGGUCUGUCGAAGGAUACAUUCCAGCUGCUGUACCAGCAGUUUUUCCGGAACCAUUGCACUCGCCUUUGGAAAACUUCGAUCGAAGGCAUUUUCGAGCUGAUGGAUCGGUACGGAUUUGAGCAUUUCGAUGUGGAGUCAAAAAAAGACGAAUCUAGGAAAAAUGCCCGCCAAUUGUACAACACGAUGGACUAUCUGGGGCAGGAUGAGGACGCGAAUACGUCCAACAUGGGAAGCGGAGUAAAGGUGAUGUCCAUGAUGACUCACUUCUUCGAAACAUGCGAAGACAACGUUAUCUGCACGGCUAUCGUCGAUGGCUUCUGUCGGUUGAUCCUGCGAGGGCACUGCACUUCACAGGAUAUUAUGGCGAAAUUACUGUUGAAGUAUUUCAACCCGACGACCGAACCAAAAACUCAGCAAAUUUUGGGUAUAUUCUUCGAAGCAUUGAUUAACAGAAAGCGACAGGAAACCCUCCAGAAAGCUCUGAUGAGUACGGUUUGCACCAUUAUGGAGGCACCGAAUGAUAGUCCUCUGCAGGAGGUUAAACCGGAACACGUGGUGAAGUUCGUGAUUGAUUCGACCAAACCGGUCUUUUGCAGUCCAGGAUUGAAUCUGCACAACAUGAUCGCGAUGUCAUUUUUGCAGGUAAUGCUGGACAACCUCGGUUACAAAGAUUUACUAAAGCUGCUUAGUAAGGAGCUGCUUUCGUUGGAAAUUUCCGAUGAUACGGUACUUAAACAUGACCUUAUUAAUUGCGUUGAUAAGGUCUUAGAGACUUCUUUGGAUCCAAAGAUUGUGAAACACUUGAAGGAUUUUAGACAGGUUCUCGAGGGAACCUAUCGUACGCCGUUGCUAUUCUCGUCCUCUAAGGCUCCCCCUAGCGUCGAAGAAGCAGAAGCUGACGAACAUGCCGAGCAUGAAGAUGCAUUGGAGGCGAUCGAAGAGGAGGAAAAUAUUCCCCUUGCUCGAGACAGGGAGAUUCCUGAGAUCAAUAAGUCUUCCCUGCAGAGAGACGACUCCAGUCGACCCCUGUCUUCGCCGGCUAAGUCUGUUACGUCGUCACCUGUACCACCAUCGACACCGCCUGCGACUCCUACUACGUUUGGCUCGGAAAACACUACCGGAAUGAAGUCGCUUCGAAAAUCGAUGAAUUUCCUUGGUUUUCCAGAGCAGCCCACUCCGAAAAACCUCUUCAAGAUUCCCGAUGCCAAUAUGGCAAAAACGUUACGACAGAUGAAACAAAAAGUAACCAGUAAAAAGAAUAGAUCUCCAGUUGAGGAUGAAGAUUCCGAAGAAGAGAAAAAGGAAAAUGAAUCUAUGACUCCCUCCAACAACGCACCAGAAUCGUUUAUAAUUCCCGCUACGCAGGACACUACGGUGUCCUCAACCGAUGGUGACUCGUCUAUUCUACACCUAGAAAUUCCUGAAACACAACGAUCACCACCGAAGGAAACCCCCAGCAGCCAGCAAAACUCCGUUAAACGAACACCUACAAAGCGAAAAAUCGCCGCCGAAAGUAGUGAGGAAGCAGUUUCCGUUACAUCGGACGAAUCAACCGAGUUGGAAAAUGAAACCAGAAAGACCGAUAAAACACUCGAGGACGAAGUGAUCAAUGCUUCACCUAAUACUACGGUAACUCGACUCGAUCGCAGCGUCGUUCGGCCUUUGGUAAAAGCAUCCGCCAAAUCAAUGGUGCGAUCUAAAGGCACCACCCCGCAAACUCUUCCCCGAACACGAACUGCGACACGUGACGAAACCGCCCAAAAGAAGGUGACGACCCGUAAAUCUCUGGCUGAAGUUAGCAAAAAACCGACACGAACAAGUCUCACCGGUAUCACUCUGCUUCCGGAAAGCCCAAAAGCUACGAGAGCCAAAGCUGCUGCUGCUCCUACGGCAAAGGCAGACUCCAGCAAAGUUACUACGAAGACCACAGGAACAAAAGAAAAGAAAAUGGAGGACAAUGAAGCGAUUAAGAGACGUUCCAACAAGCAAAAAAAUCUUGACAAUGAAUCGUCAAAAGAAACAAACCACAGAGCAUCAACAUCAUCAGUAUCAGCAGAUGCAGUACGAAGAUCAUCGAGGAAAUCUCUAGGCAUUAAUGAUUCUGCGAAAGCAACUCGUACGAAAUCCGCUGAAAAACAGCUCACCAGAAAGUCAGCCACCAACGAUCAGACAGCAUCUACGAGAAGCUCACUCAGUACACGUACAACGCGCAAAACCCUUGAAAAAAGUGAAAAACCUGCCACUAAGGCGGCAUCGUCAUCAAGCGGGUCACCGUCGACAUCAUCCGGGAAGCAAUCAAGUAGCGACAGUAGUCAAAGCCAAAGUACUAACAGUGAAACCACGAUAACGUCCCCCAAGGCUGGUCUUCGAACACCGGUCGCAACUCGUGCCUCCUCCGGCAGACUAUCGAAAGUGCCAUCCGAAUCAACGUCCGCUUCCUCCAUCAGCAGUGGCCUGUCGUCCAGCAGCAGUCCACUGCACGCUAAACGAGUAGCAUCUACGCCGCUUAGUGUGGUACGGGCGACGACACGCCUAGUUACGACGCCAACACGGCCGGUACGCAAGUUGGCGAAGAAGUGAGGAAACUUGGACGAAUAGUUCAUUUGACUUUGUGUGUGUGUGCUUUAUUUUGAAAUUUUCCUAAACUUGUAUAGAGUUUGUAUGGUGACUAACAUAUAUUCACGUCUCGUGCAAGUCAUUUGCAGAGUGAAAAAAAAAAAAACAUUUACAUCGUUGCUUUACGAUUCUUGCAUUUUAAUAUAUUAACUAAUAAUGUAAUAUUUUGUCAA